GGAAAGAAGCAUCACGGACGAUCGGGGAUACCCGUGUAGGAACUGAAGAAGAACCACCAAACGAGAAUACAGGGUCUGUAGAUCUUGUCUUGUUCCAGGAUAUCUGGUCCUCUCAAGGUGCCAUUCAUAGUGGCAGUCACGACAAUCCGUCGGCCGUCGAGACAUUAGUGGUCUUGUCAAGGCGCAAGAACUUCCUGAAGCAGGAAUACAAAGUUUUAUUUCUCUGACUGUCGAAUUUGAUUUCUGUGGGUCUAGAAUUGUGUCUGUUGUUGACGGCAGAAAUGAGGGGUUUUGUGCUCGGUGUUGGUGUUGCUAUAAUUUGGUGGCUUCCCCUCGUGAUUCCAGGCAGAUGGACUCUUCAUCUUCUUUAUUCCUAUCUUCAACAUGUCUACCUUUAAUGAACGCAAUGUAUAUUUUGGACCUGAUGCGGUCAAGAAGUACUUUGACCCUGAUUCUCAACCUCCUCUUCCUCUCGUGGAACUCCCAAUCCAUUUGAAUCCCUAUCACCAAGAUGGCGUCCGGAUCUACGCAAAGAUGAUGACGAUGCAUCCGGCCAACAAUGUGAAAUCCAUGCCAGCCAUGAACAUGCUUGAAAAAAGUGUCGUGCCGGACAAGACCAAAACCAUCAUCGAAUAUAGCUCAGGCUCGACGGUCAUCUCGAUGGCCAUGAUUGCCCGAGCCAUUCAUGGGAUCGAAGACACCAGAGCCUACCUGAGCAACAAGACCAGCGAAGCCAAACUGCGUCUCAUGCAGUUCUUUGGCCUCGACAUCUCCCUAUUCGGUGGACCGUCACAGCCAGAACCCUUUGACGAGCGGGGUGGCAUUCAGAAUGCCCGCAGGAUGGCCAUGCAGUCUGAUGACAUUCUCAAUCCCAACCAGUACGAGAAUGAUGAUAACUGGCAAUCACAUAUCCGUUGGACAGGCCCGCAGAUCUUCAAACAGCUCCCUGAGAUUAACGUGCUGUGCGCCGGAAUGGGAACCUCGGGGACCAUGACUGGAUUGGGAACAUAUUUCAAGGAUGUGAAACCGUCGGUGCUACGGCUAGGUGUCUGCACGGCGCCUGGCGAUCGUGUACCGGGACCACGCUCCUUUGCUCUCAUGCGCCCCGUCGAGUUUCCGUGGAAGGCGGCCGUGGACGCGAUUGAAGAGGUCAAUUCGCCAGACUCGUUCACACUGUCUCUUGACCUGUGCCGUGAGGGAUUGGUCUGUGGUCCUUCAUCUGGAUUCAACUUGCAAGGGUUGUUCCAGAUGCUAAAAGGUCGUAAGACGGCGGGGACUCUAUCAGAGCUUGCUGGACCGGAUGGAUCGAUUCACUGCGUUUUCCUCUGCUGUGACUUGCCAUACCAGUACAUUAGUGAAUACUUCCAAAAGGUGGCGCCGGAAAAGUUCCAUCCCAUCCACAACGAGAGACUGACUAAAGUCGACCUCCACCGAUAUGACGAGAGCUGGGAAAGAAGUCCUGUCGUCCUCUUUACCCACUUCUACGAGCCUCCUAAGCUCCUCUCUCAAAGUCUCCUGAAUGAUAUUGUCCUCCGCCCCCAAUGUUGCGUCCUGGACCUGCGAACUGCAACCGACUUUGCCACCUGGCAUCUCCCACAAUCGGUGAAUAUUCCCCUCCACAGCGUCGACUCACAUACCCCCAAGCCCUUUUCCGAUCCUAGCGUGUUGGAAGCGCAGUGGUUGGAACUGGAGUCCAUUUUCGCAAAAGAUAAUGCCAUCUCGCAACUACAGAAUCACCAUGUACUGGUCAUUUGCUAUAAUGGCGACACAGCCCGCGUGGCCACCAGCGUGCUACGAGCCAAGGGCAUCGAGGCCGAUAGUCUGCGAGGGGGAUACCAGGCACUGAGAGAUCACGGUCUCUGGGGCGAUGGAGGUGUGGACACUGUCAAGUCUGAUAUGCCAUAUCCGGCUACUAUUUCUGUAUCACCAAUUUCCGUGGAACAAACGAACUAGAUUAGAUACCUUGGAUGAAGAUGUCUGUUACGAUAUUUACGAUAUGGAUUAGUUUUGGAUUUAAUGUUAUUUGAUUAUCACCCGCCA